AUGGGAGGGGUCGGCGUGCACGAGCUCACACUCGAGGUGCCGAGCCCCGCCAAGUCGUCGGGCUUCCUUUCGUCGCCGCGGGCGCGGAGAGCGAGCUCGAUAUCGGCCCAUGAUAGGCCAGUCGCGCGAGCCCGUGCCCCGACGCUGGCCGGAGAGGGGAAGCACCCGCACAUCCAAGUUGGACCAGCCGGCAGCCCGGAACCGGAGGAGGUGCCUGCACGACCGCUCGCCAAGUGCUUCAUAACGAUGACAGUACCGGAGGCAAUAACCAAUGGGGAUAAGAACCCACCAGCACACUUGUCCCCGGGGUCGCCGAACUUGAAGCGACCGGCCGUCACGAGAAGCCGCACGACGUCUCUCCCGCCCAUGCCUGAGGACCGGGAAACGCGCGCCGACCAGCCGAAGAAGGAGAAGAAGGGCGGGACGGCGUCGGGCUCUUCGAGCCCAGCACGGAGACCGGUGGCAGCACGGAGGUCGACGAUGGGUCUCGCGCCGCAGUCCGGACGACCGGCACCGGUACCUUUCUUCUUUUCUCCGAUUCACUCGCCGUCCACGAACCCGCGCUUUCGUAACUUAGACCCCGAGGGUGACUUCGCCCCCUGGCUGACCGGGACGGAGAGAGCGGGCACCUCAGUCGACAUAGGGGUCUGGGUUGAGGAAAGGGGACGCUGGCGUCGACUGCGAGGUGCUGGCGGCCUCGUUGACCUAACGCAGCUCGUGCCUGUGCCUGCCGAUACGCCGCUGCCGCCGAAUACGAUCGAGCUCACGUUGUCGACGCAUCCCAGGAUGAAGUUCUGUCUCCCGCCGCCGGGGACCGAGCCGCCGAAGCGGGACUUGAUGAAGGGUGUCGUCGAGCGGAGCCUUCGCGAGACCCGCAUGAAGAAGGGAGCAAAUGCAGGGGCGUUGCAUCAACUUGUGUCUAUUCAAUCCGCCAUUGCUGAGACGCAGCGCCAGAUUGCGGAGUUGCAGGGCCAGAUCGAUGCGCUGCUGCAGGCGGACGCGGACCGCUCGACUCUGCGAAGGGACAUGAGCGAACUCGCGCUCAAAACGAAGUGGGUGCGCGACCGCGUCGCCGAGGUGGACCACAGCACAGAAGAGGCACGGGCACGGAAUACGUUGCAUCGCUCCCGCCUCAGUGCUCGGAGAGCGCUCCUCGACGCCGCCAUUGAGCGGACAGAGAUCACGCGGGGUCAAGCGAGCGAGCUUGCCAACGAGAUCGCCGAGGUUGAGGCGAAACGUACCGAGAUUCUACCAGCAAUCCACGCCAAGCGGGCUCAGCACGCCCAAGCCCUCGACCAACUCUUCCCCAUCGAGCCCGUGGAUGCGGGUACGCUGAUCUAUUCCAUCUUGGGUGUACCACUGCCGGUCCCGUUGGGGGCGAAGGAUCCGGCACCACCGUUGUCUCUUCCGCCGGCCCAGACGCCCGAGGGAUGCCCUCGGAUAGACGAGCGAACAACCAGCGCAGCACUAGGCUAUGCUGCGCUCCUUGUCCAGCUCAUCAGCAACCUGGGCGGUCCUGCCGCCGGACUGGCAUAUCCCGUCACCUACGGUGGCUCGCGGUCACACGUCCGCGAUGUCGUCAGCGUCAUGCAGGGUCCGAGGUCAUACGAAUACGCCGUGUUCCUGCUGAACAAGGACAUUGAGCUCCUCAUGCACGAGUGGGAUUUGCGCAUGCUCGACUUGCGGCAGACGCUGCCCAAUCUCAAGAAUUUGUUACUCAUGCUCUCGUCACCUGAUGCGCCGGCGCCAGGACCGGUGACCGGGCCGGGGUGGGCGAGCGGUGCGGCGUCGAGAGCAUCAUCUCGGCGUCCUUCCUCGCUGUAUCCUAAAUCACGAUCAGCCUCUCUCGUUUGGAGCCCACAUCCCGCGAGCCGAAGCGCCUCCAUCGCCUCGCUGGUCUGGCAGCCCUCGCUCGACGAGAAGGUCGCCCGGUUGUCGAUCACAGACGGGAACGACAAGGAGCACAGGGACAGAAUCGAUGCCGUGCGCACCGACUCGCUCGCUGGUGCCAGCGUCGAGAGCGUCAUGAACUCGGCGUCAGCGAGGGACCUGUCUGUCUCGCCCGCCAGCCCUGGGGAGAGAAGAGAUGACCUCACGGGACAGGUGCUCAAGAGUCCGGAGCCCGAGUUCAACCACGACAGGAUUGAGGAAGAAGAGGAGGGCUCCGAGGGCACCGCCGAGGCGGACGAGCCGAGUCACCCGGACGAGGGAGAGGAGCACGACGAGGACGACGCCUCCUCUGAUCGGACACAGGUGUAA